CCUCCUCAAGUCAUAUCACAUUCUUCAGAAAAAAGAACUCACUCACUAAACCUUCAGGAAAAAAGGACAAAAAUGGGCGCUUUGGAUCACUUCUCGGAGAUGUUCGACUGCUCCGGCCGGCGGUCCCACAAGCGACGCAAGCAACUUCAGACGGUGGAGAUAAAAGUGCGGAUCGACUGCGAGGGUUGCGAGCGGAAGGUGAAGAGGUCGGUGGAAGGGAUGAAAGGGGUGACCAAGGUGGACGUCGAGCGCAAGGCCAACAAGGUCACCGUCGUCGGCUACGUCGAACCCUCCAAGGUCAUCGCCCGGGUCGCUCACCGGACGGGGAAGAAGGCCGAGCUCUGGCCCUACGUCCCCUACGACGUCGUCGACCACCCCUACGCCAUCGGGGUUUACGACAAGAAGGCGCCUUCCGGGUACGUGCGGAGGGCCGACGACUCCGGCCUCGCACGUGCCAGCUCCACCGAGGUCCGCUACACCACCGCAUUUAGCGACGACAACCCGGCCGCUUGCUCCCUCAUGUGAUACUGAUACAUGUUAUGUUAUUCACAGCACAGAUCGAUGGGUCCUACUCCUAGUUUUGUUGUUGGCUUCUACUUCUAGGAGGUGAUUAGUUAAAAGUACUUAAAACUAGUCACUCACUCUUGGUCAAAUUGUUAUUGAGCUAGCUAAUGCAUUAUUUAUUUUACUUGGUUUUAGCAAGUUGAUAGGAUUCCAAGUUGUAAUUUCUGUUUAUCUAGUUAAUUUCUUUUUAUAUUUUUUUCCUUUCCGUAAAAAUCAAUGUAAAUGAUAUGU